AUUUUCCUUCUGGGAAUGCUGCAUUGUUAUUAUUAUCAUGUAUUGCAGCCUCGUGUCGAUUAUUGAGCGCCAUGCAGCACCGGCCCGCUGCUGCUGAGAGUCGGAUCUGCCCCUGAUCUCCCCUGAGUCUCCAUUUUUAUUUGUCGGGAGCCGCCAAAACACCGAACAUGGCCGCCCGCCCAUCUCCCAAAGAAUCCACCACGCCCGCAGCAACCUCCAACACUGUGGCCUCGUCCUCCUCCUCCUCCUCCCUCGCCAACCUCUUCACCAGGCGCCCCUCACUCUUCUCCACCCGGCACCACCACCACCACCACUCGGCCUCCAACACCAACACCAAGAAUAAUAAUACGAACAGAGCUACGGCUAAGACCCCCGGCCCACACCACCACUCCCGCUCCCGCACCACCACCCCGACCCAGCUUAUUCCUGCCUCCCACCAAUCCGCUUCCCCCCACAGAGUGCCCUCGACGCCGCCUCGCCGCAAACACGCUUCGCGACACAGCCUUUCUUCCUCGGUCGCGGACAUCGGCUCGACAUUGCGUCGUUCCCGCAGUGCUUCGUUGCGCACAACCACCUCUAGCGGAACCCCCUCCUCCUCCCACCGGAGGAUCCCCUCGGCCACCCUGGCGCUCUCCUUUUCCCCAGAAAAGGCCCCCGCCCCCAAUCAUGCGCCCCCGCCCUCCCGUCCCGCCCUCUCCAUCUCCACCUUCACCCGCAACAAGCAGAAGAGCUCCGAGAAUGUGAGGACCGCCGAUGCCUCCAAGUACGAGAAGAGCCCGCUGAGCGCCGUCGACAACCCCAAGACCCCAUUCAGUGCCAUGGCUGUCCCCGUGCCUCUGCGCCAUCCCCCGACCCAGAAGGAGAUUCAGCAGGCCCAAAGGACACAGUCGAACCUUGGUCCUGGCUACACUGGCGGACUCGCGCCCGCCGCCCCCAUCUCCGUCCCCACGGGUGUCAAUCCGCACAUCAUCUUUCAACAGAUUCACGAGCUAGCGUCAAAGAGGAUAUCUACAUUGGACUACCUGCGCAAAGCACAUGAGGGUCGAAUAUACUGGUUCAAUACGCUCCUCUUUGCCAAGACAGACCUCACCCGCCUCCCUUCCUUCACGCCCCGCAACCUUGCCCGCCGCGCCACCAAUUACCUCCUCCUCGGCUUCUCGCUCCCCACCAUCCUCGACCUCAACGCGAACUCGCCCACGGACUACCUGAAAGCACUGAACGCCCUCCUGGUAGAAUUCGAGGCCUACCAGACCAUACACCCUCCCGACGGUUCGACUGCGUCCUCGUUAAGUAGGGGCCGAAUACCGCAGAUGUUCAAGCGGACAAACAUGUUGGGCGGAAAGGGCCGCCGAAGUUCGAGCGCCGCCAGCGAAGUUCCGCUCCUCACCCCGCAGAACAGCUUCAAUGACACCUCCACCUCGGUAGACUCGCCGCCCGACGAUGUGCUCCUCCCCAACGAGUCGUAUACCUACUUGCAGACCCCGAGUCUACCCUUUGAUCCCGACUUUUUCAGCACCUUUGCGACCCUGUGCGAUGUCCUCAUCGACUGCUACACCAAGAUCUUGAGCAUGCUGAGUACCCCGGAGAGCGUCGCUGCUGCGGGUGGCGGCGCCCCUAGCGUUGUAGGGGAUUUGUUCAACAAGGCAGAUGCUAGGAUACGGAAGAUCAUACUGGCUAACAUGGUACGCGAGUUCGAGGAGUCGUGUAGGCAGGGCGUGAAGACCGAGAUUGGAGGAGUGGGCAAGGUUGUCUUGGGAGGUUUGAUGUGAGCAUUAUAUGCUGUUCUUCAAGAUUUGCGAAGGUGCAUCUGAGGAGUUUGCGUGCGUCGCAUCUUUUUUUCUUAUGAUAUCCAUGGUCUGCAUUGCAUGAGCGGUGUCUGUGGCUUGUUCUGGUGUAUUGGUAUAUGAAGUUAUGAGGAUGUAUAGAAUAGGCGGCAUCUGCUAGUUCUCGUCUCAAAAUACGUAGUCGAAUCUCUCAAGAGAUUGAGUCCACUUUGAAGCCGUCGAUUGAAU